ACUCCAGGAGUUGUACACUAAAUCUCUGUGUGUGUGUGUGUGUGUGUGUGUGUGUGUGUGUUAUCACUACAGAGAGGAGAGAGAAGCCCCACAGUAUCCCUGGGUCAAAUUCGUGCGAAAGUAACAUGGCCACUGAAAGGAUUAGAGGACUGGAGCCAAUAGGCACUGCAUCAAAGAUGGAGGACACACCUAAGAUGGUGGAGCUGUACCAGUGUCCACAGUUCAGGGAUGUGCCAGUACCUCUGCCAUACAACACUGCAUACAGAGCCAUCAUCACACGUGUUAUACAGGCACAGCGGCACCUAGUGCGCAAGCCCAGCUUGAAGGCUGUCUUCCAUAACAUUCUCUCUUCCCCCAAUGUGGAACACUUCGUCAUCAGUUCGUUCUGGUGGCUCUUCCUGGAGAACUUUCAGCCCGACAGGAAAGCUCAGGAUCGACUGUUUGGCCAGAUUGCAGAGAAUUACAUCAGCAUUCUGACCCAGAGCUUGUCCUCUAACAGUGGCACUAUCUUCCUUCAGGAUUUCCCCAGCACACUGAGUCAGAUGCUGUUCUGCUGCUUCUCCUGCUGCUUCCCUCAAUCAUGCUGUUUCCGUGAUCCAGCCUUCCUCACAGCUCUGUGCUCCACCGUCUACCAGUGGACUGGAGGACUCAGUCCUGCUCCUGAAAUCUAUAAGCAAUGGGACUUUGAAGCUCUGGAGGAAAACGAGACCAGCAACAUUAUAGAUAGAGAAAAAAAGGAGAAGGAUAGUGACUCAUCGCUGACCUCCACUGACAGUGUGUUUUCUAGCAUCUUCUUAUCUGAACCCUCCGGCAGCCUCACAGCUAUGAAAAAUAGGAUGAAGAGUCCAUUUGAGGUGAGUCAGGCCAAGGCAUUGUACUCCAAGAACAAGCUCACUACUACGAAUCAUGCAAGCACUUGUGAGGUGGAGAAAGCAGCUUCCCAGAACGUUGCAGACUCUGAUUUAAAAGUUCUUACUGACCAAAGAAACCACACAUUAGCCAGAGAGUCACAUGCAGUGGAUGGACAAAUAAAGGUGAAGCAUUGUGUGUUUAAUGUGUGGGGAAACUCUCCUCUGGUGCAGCACUACAUGAACACAUUGCAUCUGCAGUGCAAUGUGGGUUACAACAUUCUAGUGAGAAGAACCCAGCUCCAAGCACUUCCUCAAUAUCCUCAUACAUGUGCCAUAUACCAGGAUGCACACAUUUAAAAACAGUUAUUUAAGUACAGUGAAAUAACUAGACAGACAGGACAGGGUCAAAAGUAGAGAAAGCUAAACUCUAAAAUCACUUUCUUUUCUUUUUUUCUUUAUCUUUUUUUUUUUUUUUAAAUAAAAGAGUCUCAAAUGGUAUAC